AGAGAACGAACCGCCUGAUAUACUACUACUACUACUCAUAAACUUAAUUUUCACGUCCUAAUUUUAAAAAGGUUAAAUGUUACUCACAUAGACAUAGGCUCCUUAGUCUUCGUGUGUAUAUAUAAGAUCUCUCCAUCUCUCCCUCUGUAUCUACUAAAACAUCGUCCCAAUUUCAUAAAAAGUAGCGUUUGGAUCGAAAAUUUAAGAAGAUGACUUCUUCAUCUAUCACGUUUACUCUUCUUCUUAUUCUUCUUCUUGUUAUUGCAGUAAGCCCAAAUCCGUCGUUAGCCUCCGGUACUAGGAACAACACAGAGGACAGCGUAACGCGGUACAGCACAUACGUAAGAAACGCGUGCAGCGUAACGCAGUACCAGCAGCUCUGCGUCCGAACGCUAUGGCCGUUUGCAGUCGUGGCGAGAAACAAGACGAGCAAGUGGACGCGAGCUAGCGUGGCGGUGACGAUAACUGACACGAAACGGAUCUUGAGAAUCCUGCUCAAAACGAAGGGUUCAGCGGCGGACGAACGCGAGAGGAUCGCGCUGUCGGACUGCCGUGAGCUUUUCGUGGACUCACUGGACAAUCUGUACAAGUCACUCGCCGUUCUCCGGACACUGAACGCCGACGAGUUUCAGCGGCAGAUGAGCGAUCUCGCAACGUGGCUGAGCGCAGCGCUCACGGAUGAUGACACGUGUCUCGAUGGGUUUGAAGAGACGUCGAGCAGAUCAUGGACGGUCAGGAUGGUUAGGAGGAAGGCUACCAAGUGUAUGCAAUUAUGCAGCAACGCGCUCGCUCUCCUCAACAAGCUUUCUUACGAUGGCUUGUAAUCUACUCCUCUAUUUAUUACUUCAUUAGAACUUUAUACAACAAAUCAUACAAACAUAUUGUGAUUAUAUAUAUAUAAUUAAUAUGAUCCACACAAAUUAUCAUGAAUUUAUGAUUUCAUAAAAGUUAAUUGAAUUUCCAUUUGGCCUCGGUUUAUAUUAUUUAUUA